ACGCAGUUUACGUUCAUGUUUUGGCGUAGCGAAGGCCCUGGUGAAAGGAAGUGGUCCCACCGUGCGAGUAGCCACCAAAUCAAGACAAGUGAAUGGCAGUUAGGAUUUUCAACGAAUGAUUUCAAAUCUUUUUAGUCAAGACCAUCAACAGAAAAGCAUACAUCAGAACUGGAGGACUUACUCACCAUCCCUGCCAUUUGUGUAGAGGUCUUUUUCCCGCCUAAAUGUGGGGGAGCAUCAGGAGUUAAGCUAUAUUUUAUCAUGAAGCCCAGAUUAAAUGUUGUCUGCUUAUCCAGAAUCUCUCAGUUACUACCUUGAACAUCUGAAAAGAAGAAUAGGAUGAAAUGAGAUAAAGUGGACUACUGGAGGAGCCCAGCCCCCUCACCUCCACCUCUUUGAAGCAUGGCAGGCCUACAGCUUGUCACCCCUGCCACUUCACCCAUGGGGCCUUUCUUUGGUCUGCCAUGGCAGCAGGAGGCGAUCCAUGAUAACAUCUAUACACCUAGGAAAUAUCAGGUAGAACUUCUUGAAGCAGCUCUUGAACAUAAUACUAUCGUCUGCUUGAAUACUGGCUCAGGGAAGACCUUUAUUGCAGUACUUCUAACAAAAGAGCUCUCCCACCAAAUCCGUGGACAAUACCAAGAAAAUGCGAAAAGGACUGUUUUUCUGGUGAACACAGCUCUGUCUGUAGUUCAGCAAGCAGCUGCAGUCAGGACUCAUUCUGACCUCCAGGUGGGAGAGUACACAGAUUUGGAGGAGACCUCAGCAUGGACUGACCAACAGUGGAAUCGAGAGAUAAUCGAGAAUCAGGUGCUGGUCAUGACUUGCCACAUAUUCCUGCACAUUCUGAAGAAUAAGAUUUUACAGUUGUCUAAAAUCAACUUGGUGGUUUUUGAUGAUUGUCACCUGGCCAUCACAGACCACCCUUACUGUGAGAUAAUGAAGCUAUUUGAGGGCUGCUCGUGCCCUCCUCGUAUCCUGGGUCUUACAUCUUCCAUUCUGAAUGGAAAGUGUGACCCAUCAGAACUGGAGCAGAAGAUCCAGAAUCUUGAGAGAAUCCUGAAGAGCAAUGCUGAAACUGCCACUGACCUUGUGGUCCUGGACAGGUAUGCUUCUCAGCCAAGAGAAGUGGUGCUGGACUGUGGCCCCUAUGUGGACAAGAGUGGCCUCUCCUCCCGUCUGCAGGCAGAGCUGGAUGAAGCUCUCCAUUUCCUGAAUGACUGCAACAUAUCUGUUGCCAGAGAGGACCGUGAUCCCACAUUCAUCUCCAAACAGGUCCUGAGUGACUGCUGGGCUGUGCUGCAGGUGCUUGGACCCUGGUGUGCCGAUAAGGCCGCGGGCAUCAUGGUGCGGGAGCUUCAGAAGUACAUCAAACACGAGCAGGAGGAGCUCACCCGCAAAUUUCUGCUCUUCACCGACACCAUCCUGCGCAAAGUGCACGCCCUGUGUGAGGAGCACUUUUCCCCCGCCUCGCUGGAGCUCAGGUUUGUCACCCCGAAGGUCCUCCGGCUGCUCGAGAUCCUGCAUGAAUACAAACCCUUUGAGCGGCAGCAGUUUGAAAGCGUGGAGUGGUACAACAACCGCAACCAGGACAACUAUGUGUCCUGGAGUGACUCUGAGGAUGAGGAUGAGGAUGAGGAGGUGGAAGCCAAAGAAAGGCCAGAAGCUAACUUCCCCUCACCGUUCACCAACAUCCUGUGUGGGAUUAUCUUUGUGGAGAGGCGUUACACAGCUGUCGUCCUCAAUCGUCUGAUCAAAGAGGCGGGGAAACAGGACCCAGAGCUGGCUUACAUCAGCAGCAACUUCAUCACCGGUCACAGCAUCGGCAAGAACCAGCCACGCAACAAACAGAUGGAGGUGGAGUUCAGGAAACAGGAGGAGGUCCUCCGCAAAUUCCGGGCUCAUGAAACCAACCUGCUAAUUGCCACCAGCAUUGUAGAGGAAGGUGUGGAUAUUCCAAAGUGUAACCUGGUGGUGCGGUUUGACCUGCCCACAGAGUACAGAUCUUAUGUCCAGUCCAAAGGCAGAGCUAGGGCACCUGUCUCCAACUACAUCAUGCUGGCUGACAGUGAGAGGACCAAAGCCUUCGAGGAAGAUCUCACUACCUACAAGGCCAUAGAGAAGAUCUUAAGAAACAAAUGCUCCAAGUCAGUGGAGGUGGGCGAAUUUGAAGUGGAGCAGGUGCUGGACGAUGACAACAUCCUCCCACCUUACGUGCUACGAUCUGAGGAUGGAGGUCCCCGGGUCACCAUCAACACGGCAAUUGGACACAUUAACAGGUAUUGUGCUCGGCUGCCCAGUGAUCCAUUCACCCACUUGGCACCAAAGUGUAAAACUGUGGAGACGCCGGAUGGACGCUUCCAGUCCACACUCUACUUACCCAUCAACUCCCCUUUGCGAGUUCCUGUGAAGGGUCCUGUAAUGAACUGUACCAGAUUGGCAGAGAAAGCAGUUGCACUAGUAUGCUGUGAGAAACUCCACAAAAUAGGUGAGCUUGAUGAUCACCUGAUGCCGGUGGGGAAGGAGACAGUGAAGUACGAGGAGGAGUUGGACCUUCACGACGAGGAAGAGACUAGCGUACCAGGCCGACCGGGCUCCACCAAGAGGAGGCAGUGCUACCCCAAAGCCAUACCUGAGUGUCUGCGGGAUUGUUACGCUGUUUCGGAGCAGACUUACUACCUAUAUGUGAUAGGGAUGGUCCUCACCACCCCUCUCCCUGAUGAACUCAACUUCCGCAGGAGGAAGCUCUACCCGCCGGAAGACACCACCAGGUGCUUCGGAAUCCUGACUGCCAAACCCAUACCGCGAAUUCCACAUUUCCCGGUGUACACUCGCUCAGGUGAGGUGACCAUCUCCAUCGAGCUGCAGAAAUCUGGCUUCGUGCUCACCGCUGCGCAGCUCGACCUCAUCACCCGCCUACACCAGUACAUCUUCUCCCAUAUCCUCCGCUUGGAGAAACCGGCCCUAGAGUUCAAGCCCACACUGGCUGACUCGGCUUACUGCGUUCUACCUCUGAAUGUUGUUGGGGACUCAAACACACUAGAUAUGGACUUUAAGUUCAUGGAGGACAUUGAGAAGUCUGAGGCCCGCACUGGCAUUCCUACCACUCAGUACACAAAGCAGAACCCAUUCACCUUCAAGCUUGAGGACUACCAGGAUGCUGUCAUCAUUCCAAGGUAUCGUAACUUUGACCAGCCUCAUCGCUUCUAUGUUGCUGAUGUGUAUACCGACCUGACGCCGCUCAGUAAGUUUCCUUCGCCAGAGUAUGAGACAUUUGCUGAGUACUACAAAACCAAGUACAACCUGGACUUGUCCAACCUGAACCAGCCGCUUCUGGACGUAGACCACACCUCCUCAAGACUGAACCUGUUGACCCCUCGGCACCUGAACCAGAAGGGCAAAGCCCUGCCACUCAGCAGUGCAGAGAAGAGGAAGGCCAAGUGGGAAAGUCUGCAGAACAAGCAGAUCCUGGUUCCAGAGCUGUGUGCCAUCCACCCCAUCCCUGCCUCACUGUGGAGGAAAGCAGUGUGUCUGCCCAGCAUCCUCUACCGACUCCACUGUCUUCUGACCGCGGAGGAGCUCAGAGCCCAGACAGCCAGGGAAGCUGGAGUAGGAGCUCAGACCCUCCCCCCUGACUUCAGGUAUCCAAACCUGGACUUUGGCUGGAAAAGAUCUAUUGACAGCAAAACAUUCAUCUCCUGUCCUGAGUCCUGCAGUGAGCACGAUGAGGGUCUCUGUAAGCAUCAAGAGACCGAAUCCCCUGACCUCAAAUCCUUAACACAUCCCAGUAGUCACCACUCUUCCCUGCCUGAACAGGGCCCCCUCAUGGCCCUUGAGCCCAGAGAAACCGCCUGCACAAGAAACAUAAUCAAUGGCACUGCCCUAGUUGCCGACUGUGACAACAACGGCCACCAAGAAGAGCACCUUCACCAACAAGACAAUUGCCAAUGCUCUCAGCCCAGCUCUCCUGGGCUGCAGAGCCCUGAAUCAAUACAAACCACUACCUCAUUUCCUGUGCAGCCCUCUCACAGCUUGAAGAAGCCCAGUUUCAGUCCUCCACAGCCUAGUGAUGAAUGUACACCAGGGAGGACCUCAGACCACACAAAUAAAGCUACCUCAGUCUGCAGCCAGGCAGCCACGGGUCCCAGUGCUCCCUCAGCACCUUCUCUUGACCUUACCGCUGUCCCACAGCACAGAACCCAGGCAGGAGACUCUCCCAAAAACCUGGGUCCCAACCCGGGUCUCAUCCUACAGGCCUUGACCCUAUCCAACGCCAGCGACGGCUUCAACCUGGAGCGGCUGGAGAUGCUUGGAGACUCUUUCCUCAAACAUGCCAUCACCACGUACCUGUUCUGUACCUACCCCGACGCUCACGAGGGACGACUCAGCUACAUGCGCAGCAAGAAGGUGAGCAACUGUAACCUGUACCGUCUGGGCAAGAAGAAGGGUCUUCCCAGCAGGAUGGUGGUGUCUAUCUUUGACCCCCCUGUUAACUGGCUGCCUCCUGGCUAUGUGGUUAACCAGGACAAAAGCAGCACAGACAAACUGGAUUCAGAGGAGGCCAAGGAGGAGCUUCUGGCCAAUGGGCAAUCUGGAAAUGACUAUGAAGAAGACGAUGAAGAGGGUGAAGAGGUGGAUGAGGACGGUGAGCUGAUGCUGAAGGAUGAGCCAAAGGAUGAAGUGAACAUGGAGGACGAUCUUGAGUAUUACAAGGAGCACAUCAAAUUCAUUGACAACAUGUUGUUGGGGUCUGGUGCGUUUGGUAAGAAGAUCUCUCUCAGUGGCUUCCCCCCCUCUCUUACCACGGCCUCUGGCUCCUCCCCCACUAUGGAGUCUCCAUACGAGUGGAAGGUCCCCAAGAAGCCCCUUCAUCCCAGCACGGCCCACUACCCCUCGGAGCCAGCGCCCAGCGGGCCCUCUGCAGAAGAGUUUGACUACAGCUCAUGGGACGCAAUGUGCUACCUGGACCCCAGCAAGGCCGGGGAGGAGGACGAUUUUGUGGUGGGUUUUUGGAAUCCAUCGGAGGAGAACUGCGGCGCCGAGCUUGGUAAGCAGUCCAUCUCCUAUGACCUACACACAGAGCAGUGCAUCGCUGACAAGAGCAUUGCUGACUGUGUAGAGGCUCUGCUGGGAUGCUACCUGACCAGCUGUGGAGAGAGGGCCGCCCAGAUGUUUCUCUGCUCACUGGGCCUCAAGGUGUUACCAUUGGAGAGAGGAACGCUGACAGGAACAGCUGUGCACAGCCAACAGACCAUGGACCUGUGCUACGGCUGGCUGAAGAUCCCACCUCGAUGCAUGCUGGACCAUCCAGACGCUGAGCGAACUCUCAACCACCUCAUCUCCGGCUUCGAGAACUUUGAAAGAAAGAUCAACUACACCUUUCAGAACAAGGCCUACCUUUUGCAAGCCUUCACCCAUGCUUCUUACCAUUACAACACCAUCACAGAUUGUUACCAGCGGCUGGAGUUCCUUGGUGAUGCAAUUCUAGACUACCUCAUAACAAAGCACCUUUAUGAAGAUCCACGGCAGCACUCUCCUGGCGUGCUGACCGACCUGCGCUCAGCACUCGUCAACAACACCAUCUUUGCCUCUCUGGCUGUCAAGUAUGACUACCACAAGUACUUUAAGGCCAUCUCGCCCGAGCUUUUUCACGUCAUCGACGACUUUGUGCAGUUUCAGUUGGAGAAGAACGAGAUGCAAGGCAUGGACUCCGAGCUGCGACGCUCCGAAGAAGACGAGGAGAAGGAGGAGGACAUUGAGGUCCCUAAAGCCAUGGGGGACAUCUUUGAGUCGCUAGCUGGAGCAAUUUACAUGGACAGCAGAAUGUCGCUGGAGACAGUGUGGCAAGUGUAUUAUCCAAUGAUGCGGCCACUUAUAGAGAAAUUCUCUGCCAAUGUGCCACGAUCUCCUGUGAGGGAGCUGCUCGAGAUGGAACCAGAAACUGCCAAGUUCAGCCCUGCUGAGAGAACAUAUGACGGGAAGGUCCGGGUGACGGUGGAGGUCGUCGGUAAGGGCAAGUUUAAAGGAGUUGGCCGCAGCUACCGGAUAGCUAAGUCUGCAGCAGCGCGACGAGCUCUGCGCAGCCUCAAAGCCAAUCAACCUCAGGUCCAAAACAACUGAGCUCAGCAUUAGCAACUAAGCUAUUGACGCUAACGGAGAAAAAGCAGCGUCGGCUUCCCAACGCAGCGCGACGCUAGCCCUGUAUCGUCAGCCUGUGAUGGCACAACCAAGGCAGCCAGGGAACACUGUGUGGAGACGCAACAAAGAAAAAAAAAAAAAAAAAAAAGGCAGACUGAUCUCACAACAGAUUUCACAUCGAAUUUUUUUUUUUCCCUGUUUUUUUUUUUUGUUUUGCGCAAACACAAUCUUUACUUUUUCCUCUGCUUUGUGUAAUCACAUGAGUGCUUUAUUAACGUUUAGAAGAGUGUUUUUAAAAAAAAAAAAAAGGUCAGGUUGCAAUGUCUAUUCCUCACUGUUUUUGAUUUUUUUUUUUUUUUUUUUUUGGGUUAACCUUCAUGUCAGUGAGAUGAGGCUUAUGCUUAUUGUGUAGUAUUAGACUGUAUAUAGUUCAAUCAGAGGUGUAAAUCAAAGUAUGUAGUAGGAAGAAAAAAAAAAACAAAAAAACGCUAAACUCCUCAGCCUGUGCACUAGUGCCAGUCAGUUUUACAGCGUUUUUUUACAACGCUAAAGGCAGACAUGGCUAACAGAUACCACUGGAACAAAAACCUGGUGGCACUUCUGUCUGAAAUCUGUCUUGAAAUGGUAUUCUUAAUCAUUUUUGCACUUAUUCCAUUAGGGUCUGUUACUUUGAGAAUUGUGUGGUCACAUUGACACCAAAAUCAUAUACGUAGCAAAAAAAAAAAGUAUAUAUAUAUAUAUAAAUGAUAAAAUACAUGAAUGAUAUUCUUAGCCUUAGAUGCUAAGGCUCACCCUCAUAUCCUUCAAAAUGGAUAGGUAUUUCAACAUUCCCAGUUACUGUAAUUUAAACUAGUUUUUAAGCGCACUUGAGGUUGCAUGUUCUUGUAGCUUAUGUAUAAACCAUGACAACUGGAUGGCUUCUAUAAAUGUUCUAAAUCUAUGGAUAUGUGUGAGAGCGAGAUUAGAUGUUUUAUGGCAUUAUCUCGGAUGAUUUGGUUUAACGUGUUUUGAUACCAAGAAUGGGUGGAAUUUAAUUAGUCAUUCAUGCGCACUAAAUGUCUUUCCAGAGGAGCGAAUCAUUCAGUUUUGAUAUAAAAAGAGAAAGACAUAUUUCACAUUCAGUAUGCUGCAGAUUUUUUACAAAUUGGAUACUUGAGUGAGACACACGGAAUCUUUUCAAAUACAGUCUUUGUGAAAAAGGCCAAUUCAUUUCAACGCACUAGUGUUCCUCACAUCCCGUACCUACCAAAGCUAUAACAGAUGUGACACUAUGAGGUUGAAGUCAAUUCCUAGGGAUAAGGAUACCAGCCUUUUUGUCUGUUUUCUUUCUGUUCCAACAAAUUCUUCUCGCUUCUUGCUAAAUGUUUUGUUUUUUUUUUUUCUCAUCAAUAAGCCCUUUUUCACUUGAAUACCUCAGUUAAUUGCAUGCAUUUUCUUUUCUUUUUUUUUUUUUUGUUUGGUGCUAUGUUUUUUGUAUUAAGCUUGAAUUUCUCAUCUUUUUUUGCACUGUAACUAUAAUACCUCCUUAUUUGAUCUUUUUUUUUUUUUUGUUAAUUAUUGGAAAUCUGUUUGAUUUGGUUGUCUUGUUUGUCAGCCAUCAAGCUGUAGAGGAGAGCUGCGUUGUUGUCUUUUUCCCCUUUCAUACUUGAGGUUGACACUUGAUGAUGUUUUAAUUUUUUUUAUUUUAAUUAUUAUUGUUUUUUUUUUUUAAUUUUUAUUUGACUUUUGUUUUGAUGGGGGAUGGGUGGGGAGUGUAUUCUCUGCACAUACGCCUAACUGGUUUUUUUUCCCCGCAUUCGAUAUCAUUAUUUUCAGUUGAUUGAUCAGAUGGUUAAACGCUUGUAGAGGUAAUCAGAUUGCACUCUUUAAUUUGUGAUUUCUCUGACAUUUCCUUCAAAACGUAGAGGGUAAGAUACUCGACUUAUUGUUUCAGAUCUGUCUUUAGAAAUGAGGGUUGGAAGAGUCAUAUACCCAUGUGGUUUCUAAACAGUGUUAGUAUAUUUGUCUGAAAUUGAAUUCACAGUCAUGUAAUCCCACCCACUGGUGCUUCUUCCUCAAGAACGGUGCAUUCAGUGCUCAUUUCUGCAAAACAAGCAAUUCGGUUCAAUAAUGGUGAUGGCAGGUGCCGUACUCUUGUUACUGGGGUAACUAUCCGGGCUACGUCACAUAUGUUUCACUGAGUUAACAUUCCCUUACAGUAAUUUGUAUCUCAUGUCUUGAAUAGAAACAAACAGAUCUCAGUGCCUUCUCUCAGCAUCAGCAUUGACUGCUUUUAAAUUCACCUGCCGUGUGAACAAAUUCAAAUAUGAGUGUGUAUAUAUACAGUUGUAACUGAUUGGUUUGUGAUUUUGUUUUGACCUAAACGUAAAAUGACAAAUAAAUCAUGUAUUUUCAGCUAAAUAUUUUAACAAGACAUGACCCAUCUUCUCUGCCUCAUACAGGAUGUAAAUCUUCCCGACAUUAUAUAUAAAUAAUAAUGAACCAAGUAACUCAUGAGACCCUUGCAUAAGAAAGACUGACCCAGCAUCGCCUGAACUCCCAAAAGAAGGCCCAGGCUCCAAAAAAAACAAAAAAAAAGUGGACUCAGUGUUUCUGAUACUUUGUUCAAGGCCAAAAACCUCUCAUCAAGAUUGAAAUAAUCAGUGAAAACUUUGGAUUCUGCUGAUAUAUGUGAAGUUCAAGCAUGUGUGUUGAGUAGCUUCAUGUAUGAGACAAGCAUGCAUUCAAGCCCACUCUGGCGGGAAUGAUCUUUGUUUAUGUCACCUACCACAUACUGAGCUUCUCUCAGACCUCUUAUUGGGUGCCAUACUCUUCAUAUUUUGGAUCCCACCGUUUAUGUGAAUACUAAAGUGUGACUUGGUGAAAUCCAUCGGUUUAAACCAAUGUGAACUCAGUUAAGCAUGUGCGUCUUUUUUACUAUCUCUCACUGUUCUGAAGAGUGCAAUCUGUCGUAUUUCUCAAGCAGGUGUCUGACCUUCUAACCUACCUAUGAAAACCCUUACACCGGGACUGUUUUGUUUUAGUUCUCUUAUUCCCCAGUUUGAGAGAUACUGUCAGACUUCAUAUUUGGAGUGUAUUUGGCCCUCCAGCCACACACCUUCCAACACCUCAGUCUGUAGUGCGCGUAUGACACACACACACACACACACACACACACACACAGACAGGCCGCUAUUCAGACUUUUCGUCUCGCUCAACACUACUAACUAUGAGUCUCGGGGAGGGAAAAGGGGGAGAUAACUAAAAAGAAUGUGAAAUCACUUAUACGGUGCCAUGCCCACUCUAUUUUUUUUUUGUCUGUGACGGAUAAAAAUAAUGAUCAUAAAUAAUCUUGUCAGCCGCAAGUGGCAUCGAUAUCCAACGACCCUUUAUACUUUUCUUUCUUCUUACUUGAGGAGGGAGGGAGGUGUGUGGGUGUGGGUGGGUGGAAGUGCUGAAUUUAGGCUAAUCCUGUGUUAUUUAGAGCAGACUAUGUUUUCUUGUACUCUCCUUUUUCCAUUUCUUUUUGUACAUGUAGCACAAUUGAGCAUUGCACUUGGGCGCCAUACCUUACCUCAUGUCAGAGUGUGAAAGGGAGUGAAAGAAAAAGAAUAUAUAUAAUGCCGUUAUGUUAAAAGGACUAACUUGUGGUUCAGGCUUUGCUGCUGUUUCAAUUGCUGGUAUUCUACAAAGCUAUUUAAAAAGAGAAUAAGGGGCUAUGGGAGGAGAGACGAAAUGUGCCUGCAAGUCAUCAUCUGACAGAUACACUGUAAAAAGAUUGUCUGCAAUUUGGGCCCAAAAUGUCUGGAUGUCUUGUCUGCUGUCAUCCUGCCUUAAACAAAUGCUUGGAAAUGAAUUGUAGGUCAAACCAGCGCAUCCAAAUUAUGACUUGAAUCAGGAACUGACACUCUAGGUUUCAUUUUCUUCUGACUACUUUGAUAUGGACAUGUCAUUCAAGCCUCUUUUUUUCUUUACUCUUGUGGUGUGUUAGUUUGGAACACAAGACUAACCUCCCCCAGCCCUUUAUUGGGAACUUGAAGGAAAACUCCACUCAAACUUGUUCCUGUACUUUUGUGUAAGUCAUAGACCACAUUGACGUGUUGUUGCAGAGUUGUGUAUAAUGUGCCUAAUGCACAUGGACACCAGUCAGUUUGUGAAUUCAUGUGAACUUUACUAUGUUGCCUUUUUAAAUGAUUUGAAAAAAUAAUAAUUUUUCAUUGAUUAAUUUGGAAUUUUUGACAAAUCAACAGAAAAAAAAAAAACUUUCGUAAGUGUGUAACGAUUCACCCUCCUUAAGUCAGAGGAUGCAGAGGCUUCAGUUUGUUGAUCAGUCUGUAUGGGCUUUGAACAUGUAACGCUGCAUUAUGUCCAUAGUCUGUACACAACUGCUCUAGUUGUGACUCUGUUUCUGUAAAAUUACAUUCAGACUUUAUGUGAUUCUAGUUAUGAAAUAUGAAUCCCAAAAAGGUGAGUUUCAUCACAUCCUACCAGCCAUGAACCCAUCUAGCUUCCUCAGAGUUUCCUUAGGCUGCUUGUUGGCCUUUUUCACUUGGUGUAAUCUCUCCCUCAGCAGCCUGCUUGAGGCAGAUGCAGCUUUGUUGUGUAGCACCUCCCCGAAGUAAAAUUGCAGUUGACCCUAUUGUACUCUGAGGGGGUUGUGUCUUGUGUCUUCCUCCUGAUCUGUAUCUUUUUUUGCAUCUUAAUGCAGUGAUGCAGCCCUCCUGCAUCGUUUCAGGAAGAUAAUGAUACAGGACUGUUAUAAUUAGAACUGUCCUCGAUCAAGGACUGCAUCUUCUGUGACACUUUGGAUGUAGUCAGUUAAAUCAUUUGGACUCUGUAUUUCACCUUAAAAGUUUUUUUUGUUAGUCACUGUUGAUCCGGAUUACGCCCACAGUGAUUCAGAAGUCCUUGGAGUGCCUUUACUUUCUCUUGGAACUGGGUUUGGAUGUGAUGUCAUGUCAUCUACAUGUGGAAUUGGAAAAAAGAAAUGCACCAGCAAACAAGAAAAUUCAAACCUAAUAGCCAGUAUGUUUCCAACAGUAUCAGUUUUAGGUGGAUUUUUCCUUUAAGUUCCAUGAAAAAGCAUGAUCAGUGUUUGCAAAGAAAAUGCCUUUGAUAAACAGUGAAAGAGGGUUGGAGAGAUAUUUGUCUCAUAAAGCCAGCAGAGCACCGACGGCAACUGUUUUGGGUGGUGGGGAGGACAGUAGAACACCAGCGGAGUGGAGCUAAACGGAUCGAGUGAUGAACUGUUGUCAGUAUGAGGAAUUAUGGGCCAUCACAACUGCAGCAAAUAUUUAAGGGACAUUGGAAUAGAAAUUGUACUCCUCACUCAUACUGUAAUACCGUGCUGCAGUGGUUUGCGGUCUGCACCUUAUUGGAUCACAAAUACCUUUUAAUUUUUUUUUUGUUUUGUUUUGUUUUUUCUUUUUUUCUUUUCUUUUUUUUUGUAUAAUUGUAGCCCAGUAUAUCUACAAUAAAAGUGAUGGUAUGUCAUUUAA